CAGCGUUUCCCGCUUUACAUACUUUAACUCACUCAGAUUUUGACAAGAAAAGAGUCUGCUGCUGCUCCAAAAAGAUGAUGAGCGCAUUUCAACUAGAUCUCAGCCCUUUGAAAGAAACACUGGGAUUCAUGCGUGUAUUAGAAUGGAUAUUCGCCAUUUUUGCUUUUGCUACAACUAGUGGUUAUUCUGGCUCUACCAGUUUCAACAUCCUGUGCAACAAAAACAGUACCAGCCAAGAAAUAAAUGCAUCCUUCAACUACCCUUUUAGGCUCAAUACCCGCAGUUACCAGGUCCCAACCUGCGAACAGAGUGGAGCAAUGUUUAAAACCAUACAACUGACUGGAGAUUAUUCAUCUUCAGCUGAGUUCUUUGUUGCUGUUGGAGUUCUGGCUUUCCUGUACAGCACAGCUACUCUUGUAUUGUAUCUGGGUUACCAGCACCUCUACCGCGAAUCUCCUCGCGGCCCCAGCAUUGAUCUACUGUUAACUGGGAUCUUCACGUUUCUCUGGCUAGUGUGUUCAUCUGCCUGGGGAAAAGGCCUCACUGAUGUGAAAGGGGCAACCAGUCCAAAUACACUUGUGUCCUUAACUGACGUGUGUAAACGAGCAUUAAACUGCACUGCUGGGCACACCCCCAUAAUGGGCCGCCUCAAUUCCUCAGUGAUCUUUGGAUUCCUCAACUGUAUCCUGUGGGGAGGAAACUGCUGGUUCCUUUACAAGGAGACGCCAUUACACAAAUCAGCCAAUCAGCAAGAGGGAGCAGGACAGCCAUAAUUAAACAUCAGGUCAUAUCCACAUUCAUCAAGCAGGUGUUGCUGCAGUAUUAAAGUGGUGCUACAUACCACCGCGGUCGACUGAUGUUAUGGAUCUACCUGGCGUGACCUGUGUCACAAACGCACACCAAAGGUAUAUCUUCAAUAUAUUCAAAUAUUUGCAUAAUAUUUAGAGAAGGUACAAGGGCCCCUUAUCAUAAGCCUGUUUGUAAGAAGUAAACUGCAUCUUUAAAAUGUUACAUUUCAUUUCUUUACUGUUAAAUUUCUAUAUCAGUUAAACUUGUUACAUGAACAAAAUGUAUGGAAUGUUUUUGACUCCUGUUCAUUGACAUAUUUUGAAUUGAAUAUAUAACUUGAAUUCUG